AUGAGUGUAUGCCGCAGCGACGCAUGGAGUUGUCAGUUGAUUGCUGGAGCCUAUUGGGUCCAUGCCGACCAGGUGUCAAAGACCGCGCCAGCAGGCGUGUUCCUCACGACUGGCAGUUUCGUGGAUCGGGGCAAGAAGAAUUACAUCCAGCCAUCUCGGCUCGAAAUGGGACUAACAAUUCUCUUUCAUAUUGACGUGAGCAGCGUCAGCCAGCAUGCGCGCCAGUAUGAAGAACGAGAUCUUCAGGUGAUGGACGACUUCGACGAGAAGGAUGGGAGUGACACACCAAACGUUCUGCCGAUAGAACAGGAAGGAUUGCACCAGCAAGACGUGGCUGUCGAGGAGAAAAGUGAGGAAGCGACAGACGACAGUUGUUCGGAGCCGCGUAUGUCUCAUGUUCCUGCGGAUGUCGCUCAAGGUGUCCCAACAGCUUUGGAGGAUGGAGCGGGUGACAAUAGUCAGCCGUCUUAUCAGGCAAAACAGGCCCAGAGGAAGGACACGCGCAAGUCGCUCGACAAGGGCAACGUCCAGGUAUCUCGGCUGGAUAAGAGCGUUCGUGGCAAGAAGGACGAUGGGGACAGCCAGCGUGAUCAGAACAGUGAGUGCGUCGGACAAGCGAGAGAUGGAGGUGGCGAUGGCGAGGGCGAUGACGAGGGCGAUGGUAGUCCUGUGACCAGUGCUACCACCGAGACCAAGAACGAGUACAUUCGUCAGCAGCGCGAGAAAAAAGAGAAGUUUCUUGACGAGCAAGAGGGUGAGGUGGAAAGCAUCGGAUUCUUUGAUGCGUUCACGGGCGAGCCUCUACCGAACGACAUUGUGCUGUUUGCCAUGCCCAUGUGCGCUCCGUACGUCUCGCUGAGUAAGUUCAAGUACAAGGUGAAGCUCACGCCUGGAAGCCAGAAGAAGGGCAAGGCAGCCAAGCAAGCGAUCGAUCAUUUCUUUGCGUCGAAUCUGAAGGAAGAGAAGGACAUGCAAAAGACGCAGGUGCACAUGAAAGCCGACGAUGUUCAGCCGGAUGUGAAUCCGCUUGCAGUGCAGCGCGAGCUGAUGCGGUGCAUUCGAGACAAUGAGCUAGUGACGUGUAUGGUCGGGCCCGUGAAGAUUUCGGCGCCAGGACUCCAUGGCGCUCACGAGAGCAAGCGGGUACCGAGCAAGCUUAAGAAGAGCAACAAUAAGUAG